AUGGCUAACCCAAGUAGCAGAUCUACACCGACAAUGUCCACAGACUCCUUGGAGCAGAAGGGACAAAAUAUUACUGAAUCAAAUGCAAGCAUAAUUCAGUGUCCUUUAAGCCAGCAACAUCGUAGCUCUUUAGAUGGCCCAGUUUCUAUCCUUUGGGAUAUUGAAAAUUGUCCUGUUCUGAGUGAUGUACUCCCAGAAGAUGUAGCUGGUAAUAUAAGAAUGGCUCUGCAAGUGCAUCCGGUAAUAAAAGGAGCUGUUAUGAUGUUUUCUGCUUACGGGGAUUUCAACGCUUUCCCCAGGCGACUUAGAGAGGGCUGUUAG